AUGAGCGAAAGUUUAGCACGAGAUAAAAAUGUAGGACUCCUCGGUACCACACCAAUCUUGUGGAAUAAAAGGGUAAAGUCGAAGGGAAAGAGAAUCGGCACGAGUAAGAAAGAAAAGACUACACUGUACAGUACGCGAGUGCGAGGUGCUGGCGAGGGCGAGGGCGAGGGUGCAUGGACCUGCGCGCGAGCGACCGCCUGGAAUUCGCAGCAUUGGCUGCGCGAGGGCGCGUGGUGGAUCGAGGGUGUCAGUCAUAGACCAUCUGCUCAGCGACGAGCACAUCGAUGGUUGUAAUUAGGAUAAUCGUCGGCUGAUUGACGCAACGGCACGCGAUCAUAAUCACAGAGAGAAGUCACAAGGAGCACCAAAACCGUGAGAAAUCUCGCCGUCGCAUCCUCGCGAACGGAACGGAACGGAACGGAACGGAACGGAAGAGAAUCGAAUUGAACGGAAACGGAAACGGCAUUGUCGAUUCAGAAGCGCGUAAUCACCACGUUACAGCGAGGCAAAUGUUCCCGACGAGCUUUCGCGAGAUUCCGCCGCCGAGUAGUACAUCCAAGAAAAAUCGCUGCCGUCGCCGGCAGCAGUACGACAUCGGCAUUAUUGCCAAUGCACUUCCGGUACUAUCAAUCGGAC